GUCGUGUACGCGACUCAACUCCCUCUUUCGUUGGAGAGGCGGCGGCGCGAAAAAUCCGAAGCUUUCGCGGGAGGAGCUAGGGUUUGUGUGUGUGGUUGGGCGCGCGGCGAGCGGCGGGAGAUGUCGGCGUACGACGAGGUGGAGAUCGAGGACAUGGAGUGGAACGCGGAGCUCGGGGCGUACACGUACCCGUGCCCCUGCGGCGACCUGUUCCAGAUCACGCUCGCCGACCUCCGCCUCGGGGAGGAGAUCGCGCGGUGCCCCUCCUGCUCCCUCUUCCUCACCGUCGUCUACAACGAGGAGGACUUCGCCGACGCCAAGGAGCCCCCGCACAAGCCGGCCCCGCGCCCCGUCGCCGUCGCCUGAGGCGGAUGGAAUCAGGCUUAACUAAGAUGAGAAAACAAACGGGAGCAUUUGUACUUCUAAGAUGAGAAAGUAGUUAUAUCGACCUUUGGCUUUUGAAUUCACUAUGUACGGAGUUACCAAAAAAAAAAAACCACAACGUGUUGACGGGGCAUUAUGAAUAACUAUUGCUUGGAGAUUUUGCUGUUGCAUAUUUUUUUACACGAUCUUGCGCUUACAGAUUUACAAUCUCGGUCACGGUUCCAUGAUCUGUGUGGCUCUGUGCCAUGUAAAAAAUCUUGAUGAAGGUUUCUUCAGGGGAAAAAAAAUGGGGAUGAUGAA